AUGAUGUCACUAACAAAAUCUUCCAAGCAGUACGCUUCAUCAACUGCCGUAAUGGAACGACGAAAGUGUGAAAAGGAACGAAACAAAUUGUCGAUGAAGAGGAAAUUACCAUCAGAUGCAAAGAGUCGUUUUGGCAAAGAAUUUUUCGCGAAAUUAUGUGAGCUAUUUCAAAGUGUUGAACAGGAUGCCUGUGACCAGUUACGUCAAAUGCAUGAUGAGGUAUCAGCAUAUUACAAAGAACAUGAUUUGAAUGUUAUGUGGAUAUCGGAUGAUGAGGUCGAUAGUAAGGAAGUUAAGGCUCCGUUAUCAAAGAAAACUCAUCAGGAUGUUAGUAAAGGCGAUAUGCGCUCUAUAAAUAUUCCGCGAUCGAAAUUGGAAGCCAAAGAAAAACUGAAACAAAAAUCGAACGCCAAAAAUGUAGUGGUAAAUACCUCACCAAUUCCAACAUCUUUGUUAUUGUCUCAAUUCGAAUUAAGCGAUGAUUCCGAUGACAGUAGUUCCCGAAAAUUCUCCGGACCCCAAACCAAAAAUUGCAAGAUUUGUUAUGCAUGUAAUGCUGCCACAAGUUCGCCAAAUAAUAUGAUCUUAGAUUGUGAAGAAUGUGGUAAAACCGUUCAUCAGAAAUGUGCUCGUCCUGAAAUUACGGCUUCACAAGCCAAAGAUCCACGUUUUCUAUUCGUCUGUAAUGAUUGCAAAGACCGUGAAGACGAGAAAAUGGGAUCAGGCUGUUCGAAAUCAACUUCUAGUUUCAAGAAGAAUGACAAAGGAAACAUGCCAAAGUCUUCAGAAGAAAGAAUUCAACCGCUAAAACCAGAAAACGAUAUCUUGGUAACAUUCUCAAAUUUCGCUGCUAAGAAAGCAAAGAAAUCCGUGUCAUCAGGAUCCGGUGGUAGUUCAAAUCUGCAAGUUGGCGGUGUCACAAUGAAUAAAAUACUUUCUCCCUUUAAUGCCAAGGAUCGGAAAUAA